GCUGCGCCGCCGGGGGGCCGGGCUGCACCUGUCCUCGCCGCUCCCCCGUCCCCGGCUGCUGCCAGCGUCGCCCCCCCGCCCGCUGCGGGCCCCGCCCCGCUCCGCCCCGCUCCGCGCUCAGUGGCGAUGCGGCGCCGGCUCCGGGCGCUGAUCCCCAGCUCGGCCAUGCGUGCCGGCGCGGGGGCCGUGCUGCGGGGACACCGAGGCUGCGGCUCGGCCUGACGCAGCCCCCAGCUCCCCGGCGGCGGGGCCGACGCAGCCCGGCCGGAUGGAGGCUCCAGGUGGGGCGGGGACCCCAGAACGGGUGAAAGAAGCCCAAGCGCUGGAGCGAGCCACAGGCAUCCCGGCACGUGGGCCGGUGGAGGAGCCUCCCAGCCCCCCUGCCGAGGAGCAAGGCGGGAUCCCCAUCCCCAGCUCCGGCCUGCUGCAGGUCGCCGAGCGGAGACAGCCCCUGAGCAGCGUGUCCUCCCUGGAGGUGCACUUCGACCUGCUGGAUCUGACCGAGCUGACGGACAUGUCGGACCAGGAGCUCGCCGAGGUCUUCGCCGACUCCGACGAUGAGAACGUAGCCAGCGAGUCCCCUGCCGGUCUGCACCCGCACCCCAUCCCUCGGGCAGGGUACCUGCGAUCCCCCUCCUGGACAAGGACCAAAGGGGAGCAGGGACGGGAGAAGAAACACCUCAGUGACUCGGAGCUGCAAGCAGGUGUUGUUGACACAUUCCUGGCGGUGGAGAGGCCCCAGAAGGAAUAGGGGGCUGGGAGCCAUGGUGCCGAGCUGUGGCUGGUCACUCUUGCACUCACCCCCACUUCCAGACAGUUUGUGACCUUAACAGACCCCUGCACCUAGAGAGACGUGCAAACGCUGCUGGCUCCAUACAACACAAAGCUCCCCCUUAGUGCAGCCAUAGGAUGUGGAGCAGGUGUGCGAGGGCACUGGCUAUGCUGGGCAAGGAAUUCCAGGGGGAGACAGAUCAUCAUCACACCAUCUUAGCACUUUUUAGCCCUUUCUUGCUCAUUCUGCACGAAAGCUGGCCAGACCAGCAGUAGUGAGAGCCCCGAAGGGAUUGUACUGAGCAGGGCCUAGGGCCAGGAGGGAGCCCGGCUGCACAGAAGGGAAAAGCAGGUUUGGAGAGAAUUGCGUCUUGCUGGAGAACAACCCUCCUGCUGCAGGCAGAGUUAGGAAGGGGGGGAAGCCCCCUUUCUUCCCCCAGGGCAGCGGGCGGUAACGUCCAAGGAACCUGAGGGCAAACAGCCACGCUGGUUCUUCCCCAGUGAAGUGCUGCAGCUCAGAGCAGAACCCAGCUGCCUGGGAGCCGCCGGCCAAGGGGGGGGGAUCUAGCCCUCACCUUCUAGAAGCACAUUCCCUUCCCCGUGGCCUUACGCCUGUACGGGCUUUAGCUCUGGUGUAAGAGCAGCACUGCUGGAGAUGCCAACCCAGGAUCAACAGCCUGUUCUCAUGCUCCAUCGUGUGCCUGCACAAGGAACUCUGCAGUGGGACUGGCGUGCGUUAACUCACGUGGCUGCGAGGAACCAGUGGGUCUGAAUUACGACUGCUUUGUCAUUGUUACAAGGAAGCCGAGGUCCAACUCUGGAAGCAGCGUGGGCUGGUUCCUGGGGAGCACCAGGGGGCCGUGGGCCGUUGGACAGACGUCUUUCUGUGGUAAAACCGGAGUAGGCUGAAGCGAGCUGGACCAUGGGCCCGAAUGUACAGAUCCUGCUGGAGGCGGCCCUGGGGUGAGGCAGGAGGGGCUGUGUUUACCUGAUCCUUUCACCACUGACACAAGCCGCUUCGCGCUAAGGAGCGGAAUGGAUUCGAGGUGGCCUGGGAGAAGAACGGGACCAGCGCUGCACACAGAAAACAAGCGGGGCUAAGCUGGACAUCCCGGCCUGGCCCCUUCAAACCUCAGCCCCCAUUGAAUUGUUGCCGCUCUCCGAGCCGCUGCUGUCCAACUGGAAUCUGAUGUGUUACCAAACUUUUCCUACCUCCUCCCGGGGGUGGGUUUAGCCUGUUGAACGCCCACAGGGCCCGAUCUGGCUAGGCCCAGCCGUUCUGCAGGGGAGCCGGACAGUGCUAGAAUGUCUUCACAGGCUCCUCUCACAACUGCUGCUGUCCACCCCUCCGAGCCCCCCGGGCAGUCUAGUCUUCAUCUCCUCCCUUGUUCAGAUCACCAAAUAAUGCCCCGGCUGCCUCCAGAGCCCUGGCAACUUUCUUAUAAGACAGUUACAAAGAAGGGAUGGCGGAGAGGGGGCAGGUCUUCCCCUCUUCCAACUUCCCUUGGUUAAACGGGGGAAUCCUCAUUUUCUGCCGUUCUUCUGUGGAGAAGAAACUCUCCUGCCGAACCACCGUCUCUUGCCUCACUGUAGCAUCGUGGGUGUGUGGCUGCCUCCGGUCCCUGUGGCUCUGUGUGCGCAGUAGUGUCUUGGCCGGGGCUACUUUGUGGAGGAGCAGCACUGCCAGCUCUGCUUAGGACCCCUGGCCCCUUGUGUCUUGUGUCAAAGGCUGACUUUCAAUAGAUCGCAGCGAGGUAGUUGCUCUGCUACGCACGAAACCCUGACCCAGAAUCAGGUCGUCUACGAAUGAUUUAGCACCAGGUUCCCCA